AUGCUCCUCACCUUGAAGCCUUUCAAGGACGGUAUCAAAGCUCCCCAUGAGUACUCGGUCGUUCGACAGUCUCGUCCAUCUCGGCCCCCCUCCUCCCCCUCCUUGCUGGAUCCCUCCGAGGAUCGCCCCAUGGCGUCGUCUCGCCCGGGGUUGCCUCCGCCCGCCUCCCUCGCCUUACCGCCUCCCGACGCCGCCUUCACUAUGACUCCCGCCACCCAACACCGCCCCGCCGUCCCGCCCCCGCCCCCGCGACCGACCCACGAUGACGCUUCCCAGCAUUAUUGGCAGGCCCGCGCUGAGGAGGAUCGGAGACGACAGGAGGAGGAGAAAACCCGCCAGGAAACCCUGCGCCUGGAGCAGCGCCGCGUCGAACAAAGCAUGCUGCGCGACUCCCUCCAGGCGGGCGUCCCCCCGCACAUGGUGCCGCUCAUUUUCGCCGGUCUCAAUCCCGGCGCAGCGGCCCCGACCCUACUGGAGUGGUCCCACCCCUACCCCCCGCAGCUGACCCCGACGUCCCGCGCUCCCGCCGCCCCGCCCUCGCUCUCCCUCUCGCCCCGAUCUCCCCCGCGCCGGUCCUCCCACCUGCGGCGCGAAUCGCGCUCUGCUCUCCCGCAUCACACCUACCCGGGUCCACCGCCGCCGGCGCCGCCGGCCGUUCGUGCCCCGGGCGUCCUCCUCUCGCAGCCCCUGUCGUCCUCCACUGCUGUGUCUCCCACCCCGUCGUCCCUUGGUCGCCCGACCCCCGCCGGCGGGGCCCCUGAAUCCCGCGCCGCAUCCCGCGCCCCCUCGACGGAUGGCCCGGCGCCCUCGCGGCCCAUCAAUCUCAGCCACGUGCACUACGCUCCAGGGUCCUCCGUCCCGUCCACCCACUCCAGCCCGGGCCCGGCGGACAGCGCCCACUCGCGCCAGUCGCCGCCCGCUCUCUACUUCCACCACUGGGUUCCCCCGGGGCACUCGCUGUCUCACCCACCGUCCGGCCGGAGUCACCCCGAGUCCCCGGGGACCUCUAACUCCCGGCGGUUCGAGCAUCCAAGCUCGCCGGGCCGGAAGCGCAAGGCGUCUGGGCCUCACCCGCCGGUGCCCCCACCCUCCAUGCGUCUCUCGGCGAGCCCAGCGCGGGAGGCCUCCCGCACGAGGGCCCCUGAGGUGUCUAGUCCGGCGUGGGAUCGCCGUCGGACCGAGGACCCCGAACGCCCGCGAGACCCGCCUCCACCUCGGCCCCGCGUCUCGCCGCCGGUGGCCCCGGCCCACCGACCGCCGGCUACGAGCCCUGAAAGCGCGCCCCGUGAAUCCGACCCCAGGAGCCCUCGACCGGCUGUCCAGCACUUCCCUCACGCCCCCACCCCAGCAGAACCGGGGGAGGACCGGACCCGACCCGGCGCGUGA